GACAAGUUUUGGAUAACCAAAGUCGGGCUCCUUGGCGUUUGUCAUCUAUAACAGACUUCUUCUGGUCGAUAGCAGACUUUGUGGUUCUGUUCUUCCAGAGCAUUAUUCAACCAGAUUUGAGAAGAGGAGGCUACACAUCUUCCUCCUAUUCAGGAUACAGUGAUGGCAGAGGGCCACCAGCACAUCCUCGCCGUAGGAUGGGCCGAAUAAAUCACUGGGGUGGGGGCCCCAGCCCACCACCAAUGGCUGGAGGUGGAUGAGGAAGGUAAACGCCUGCUGAAGAGGCAGGCAAAAUCAUACACAUUGGCACGAUGAAAUGGAAGAAGAGUUUGGGGGUGGACCAAAUGAGUUUGGAUGGUGUGAAUGUGUAUGUCUACCUGGAGACUGCUCUGCAAUAUAAGCAGAUCAAUGAAGUUGUACUGGGAACUCCUUAUUCAAGGAUCCAGUGUAACUGAGCCACAGUUUUAUUAAAUACGUGUUUACUGUCUGAAGUCUUUAUAUAGUUUCUGAGCAUUUUACUGUUGUUGCAAAGUAGUAAGUAAAUUAUAUUUGGCAUGUCACAA